AUGAGCCUGUACCCAACUUUAGAAGACAUGAAGGUUGAUCAUUACAUCCAGCAGAGAGUAGCAGACUCAUUCAACCAGCCAGCUCAACCACAACUACUUUACAACACCAACAACAACAUCAAUUAUGGUUAUAAUUUAACACAGCAACAGCAAAAUGCUGAUCUAUACCCCAGAUUAGUGGAGUAUAUGGGGCUUAACAUCACUCCUGAAAUGCUCAACCAACAAAAUGAACUCGCUCUGGCCCCGGCAAACAAUCAAGUGCACUACACUUCUUCAGGCAAUCAGAUGCUUGUGGCUCCGGUCACCGGCCUCAACAAUGCAGGCGUACUCAGGUCAGACGUGAAGCAGGGAAUUAGGCAGGUUGUCCUUUGCAAGGAUGCUAAGGGUUUCAUCGGUCUCAAAGUUAAAUCUGUUAAUAAGGGAAUUUUCAUUUGUUUCGUUGAAUCUAACUCUCCGGCUGCCAUGGUCGGUCUGAGAUUUGGGGACCAAAUUAUUCAAAUCAACGAUGAACUUGUUGCUGGCUGGGACACUGAUAAAACCAUGAAGUUCCUCAAGAAGGCUGCACCUGAGAAAAUUACUAUGGCCAUUAGAGAUAGGCCUUUUGAGAGGACGAUAACGAUGCACAAGGAUAGCUCGGGCACCGUGGGAUUCAUUUUCAAUGAGAACAAGAUCACUUCCAUCGUUAAAGAUUCAUCAGCCGCCAGAAAUGGACUCCUAAUUGACCAUCACAUGGUCGAAGUUAAUGGCCAGAAUGUCAUUGGAAUGAAGGAUAAAGAGAUAAAAGAUAUAUUUGAGAAAGCUGAGAGGACCAUCACUAUUACUAUUUUACCUUCAUUCAUCUAUGAACACAUCAUGAAGAGCAUUGGUUGGAGCCUCGUCAGCAAAAGAAUGGACCAUUCCAUUCCAGACGUUUAA